AUGGCUGAUAGGGUGCAUCGCUAUGUGAUGGGGAUAAAUCGUCACCUGAUUGAUAGUUGUAUGGACAUGGCUUCUCAGCAAGGCAUGGAUAUUUCUCGGUAUAGCAGAUAUCCUCCUCAGCCGGCCCAGAGUGCACCCCCACAGUUUAUAGGCAGGAGACUUGAUAGCACAGGGUAUACGGACGAUGAACAAAGCUCUAGGGUCUUGGGAUCACAGAUGAAUAGAGGUAGUUGUUUUACUUACGGCUAUCAAGGCCAUUUUAUGAGAGAUUGCCCACUUAAGAGUAACCCGGGUGGUGCAGCUCAACCUACUGGGUCGAUGGCUGGUUCUUCUUCUUCUAUAGCUAUGCGCCAUAUGGGGCGGGGUAUGCAGGUACCAGCAGGCCAUGGUAGAGGCCGUGGGGGAGCUUCCAGUGCUAGCGGUCCUUCGAAUCGCAUCUACACCUUGGCUAGCAGACAGGAUCAGGAGGCGUCACCAAAUGUGGUUACAGGUGUGAUUGCACUUGAAGUUCUGGAAAUGUUGAGUGAUAGUCUGCAACCUGUGCAGGUGCUCCUUAACAGACCAAGGGGGCUUGGCUUGCUGUUUGAUCCAUCUGAUAAGUAUUUCAAAGUCAACUUCUAA